GUUGCGUCGCGCCGUUCUGUGAAGUAAAAAGGGUUUCAACAUUAUUCAUAUCCACUUUCCUCAUAAGUGGGCGGCCAAAUCAUACCACAAUACUCGACGGUAUCGUCGUAACCGAAAGAAAAACACGUUUUCAACUUAACUUCCAUAGCGCUUGCAUAUUACUUAUUUAACACAAUGGGUCGUGAUAAGAAACAGAACCCCUUUGCAGCAAGGAAACGGCAGAAGCGUGCAAACGGUGGCGGUGGUCCAGAUCGCCGCGCCGAGCCCUAUCAGGAGAUUACGCGAGACAAUGCAGCUUUUAUUAAGUACUACAAUAUUCAGCAGAUCUGUGCUACCGAGGAGGAAUGGACGCAGUUCCUCUCUACAAUAAGGGAGAAUUUGCCGACCACAUUUCGUGUCACGGGCUUUAAGGGUGAGGCUAAAGCCUUAUUGAACAUUAUUAAGACGGAACUGUUCACUGAAUACGUUCGUGCUGUGGCCGAAUUGAAUGGGCAGCCCGCGGAGCAGGUACAGCGUCCUUUGUGUCUGCCUUGGUAUCCCAAUGGCAUGGCCUAUCAGUUGCAUCUGACACGCAAGGAUAUAAGACGGUCGGAGCCCCUGUGCCGUCUGCAUAAUUUUCUAAUUGUGGAAACCACUGCCGGUAGCAUUAGUCGCCAGGAGGCUGUAUCCAUGAUACCGCCUAUAGUGCUCGAUGUAAAGCCAACGGACAAGGUACUGGAUAUGUGCGCUGCGCCCGGUUCGAAGACGGCACAACUUAUUGAGGCACUCCACUCGGAGCCCGAGGUGCACAAAAUACCGCCUGGUUUUGUGUUGGCUAACGAUGUCGACAACAAUCGCUGCUAUAUGCUUGUGCAUCAGGCCAAGCGCCUCAACUCACCAUGCUUUCUGGUUACAAAUCACGACAGCACCUUCUUCCCCAAUAUGUUGCAAACCAAUGCCGAUGGCAGCAAAUCCAUUGUUAAGUUUGAUAAAAUACUGUGUGAUGUGCCCUGCUCCGGCGAUGGAACACUGCGCAAGAACCCAGACAUAUGGAUGAAAUGGAAUUUGGCACAGGGAUACAAUUUGCACGGCUUGCAGUAUCGCAUUGCGUAUCGUGGUGCCGAAAUGCUGGAAGUGGGCGGUCGACUGGUCUACUCAACGUGCUCGCUGAAUCCCAUUGAGAACGAGGCGGUGCUGCAACGCAUCAUCAAGGAUGCGGAUGGUGCUUUGGAGCUUGUUGAUGCAGCCCAUAUGGUGCCUGGACUAAAAUUCAAACCCGGCAUGACUCACUGGAAGUUGGCCACCAAGGAGGUGGACACCAUUUACAAUAAUUUUGAAGAGGUGCCUGAAACGUAUCACACAAUCAUUCGGCCAACGAUGUUUCCACUACCGCCGGCGGAGAUCGCACAAAUCGGGCUGGAAAAGUGCAUUCGAGUGUUGCCGCAUUUGCAGGACAGUGGAGGCUUCUUUGUUGCCGUCAUUGAGAAGCGACGCAAACUAUCAACUGAGAAAGACAAUGUGCGCGAACUGUUGGAAAAACCGACACAGGCGGAACCUAAGCUGGAUGAGUCUGGUAAGCCUAUUGAGGAGAAAUCUGUACCUUGGGGGCCUCAGCGCAAACGGCGACGCCUUCACGGCUAUAAAGAGGAUCCAUAUGUGUUCUUCGCUGAAGGUGAUGCCGACUACAAGAGCAUGAAAGAGUUCUAUGAGCUCGACGAUUCACUCAAUGAACGCUGUUUGCUCACACGUUGCGUAACAGAGAAGAAGAAAAACGUCUACUAUUGCUCCGAUGCCAUACGCGAUCUGGUACAGCUAAAUGAGCAUAACAUCAAGAUCAUUAACACGGGAGUUAAGGCAUUUGUACGUUGCGAGAAUCGACAUACAGUGCAUCCAUAUCGCCUGGCCCAGGAGGGCUUACAAACAACAAAUGCAUUCAUUGGCAAUAGCCGACGCAUUGAGGUGCAGCGCGAUGAUCUCAUUCUGCUGCUCAAUUGCACGGAUCCAACGAAACCCCCCUCUACGCUCGAGCUGAAAGAGGCCACGCAGGAGCGCUGCAAGGAACUCGGCGUCGGCAGCUGUAUUCUGAAGUAUGUCGAUCCAAACUUCACUUUAUUUGUGGUGGGAUGGCGUGGCACCUCCAGCCUGCGUGCCUAUGUGGAUAGCGACGAGACGGUGCACAUUUUACGUUUGCUAGGCGCCGAUUUACGCAAGUUCGAGGUCAACAAAUAUGAAAAGGCCAAGGAAGCAGCAGCUGCUGCUGCAGCCGCGGCCGCAACCACAAGCUCAGCUUCUCCCGAUGAAACAAAUGUUGCGGAUAAAACUAGCGAGCCGACACCAAUGGAUACUACCGAUCCAGAGGAAGCGACGCCGACGACCAGCUAGUGCCACAUUUUGUCGAAGAAGCCACAAUAUUAGCAUUUUAUUUUUAUUUUAUUGAAAGGCCAGAGAGAGUCCAAGGUAUCAAAUAGGACGACAAUCUAUCAACGUAAUAAUUUUGAACAUCACUGGCAUUAUUUUAGUUAUUCUGCUGUGAAAUGACAAACAGAAAGAAGUUGUUGUCGUGAACAGGCAGGCGUAUCUAUUUUCAUUUUGUGCAGCUCAGUUAUAAGUAUUUAAACAUUUAUAAACAUUUGUAAGGACAACAUGGUCUUUCGAGCCGGACAUUAAAAACACUAAUAGCAUAUACUCA